AUGGCCAGCCACUCCCAAAAGAGGAACCUCAAGAGUCAGUAUAGGAUGCUUUCUCCCAUCGGCCACGGUGAAUUUGGCACUGUGAACCUUGCCUGCCACAGAAAAACCAAGGCCCUGGUGGCGAUAAAAACUAUAGAGAUCACGGAGAAGCACAUAAAAAGGAUCCUGUCAGAAAUAGAAAUACUCAAGACUCUACACCAUCCUAACAUCAUUUGCCUCUACCAGGUUUUAAUAACAUCAAAACAUGUACACCUUGUGACCGAGUUUGCUCCGGGAGGAACCUUAUUCGACAUGAUAAACAAAGAUGACCCACUUCGAGAAGAAGAGGCAAAGAAAAUAUUCUGGCAGAUAGUCUCAGCUUUAAAGUACUGUCAUAACCUUGACAUUGUCCAUCGAGACAUAAAACCACAAAACAUCGUGGAAGAUAAAGAUGGACUCAUGAAGCUGAUAGACUUUGGCCUUGCCAUAAAACAGACACCUGGCACCUUAUUGAAUGUGAGGUGUGGAACGAAGCGCUUUGCUGCCCCAGAGAUUUUACUCGGGGAGCCAUAUGAUGGCAAGAAGUCAGAUGUGUGGUGUCUGGGAGUGCUGCUCUAUUUUAUGACCACUGGUUAUUACCCCUUCAGAAAAGGCACCAUCAAAGAGAUUGAGGAAAAGAUCAUCACAAGUAGCUAUGACAUUCCAACUCACUUCUCUGGGCAACUUGAAAACCUAGUUCACCAAAUGCUAACAGUUCCCCCAGAGAAGAGGUCCUCCAUUGAAGAUGUUGAGAGACAUCCAUGGGUGUUGAAAAGUAAAGUAAAUAACCUGAUUGUGGCUGAUCCAGAUUACAAUAUCAUAGACAUGCUCUGUGGAAUGGGUUUCGAUGCCAAUGAGAUUAUAGAAUCACUGUACAACAAAAAAUAUGACGAACAGAUGGGGACAUAUUUGAUUCUAAAAGACCAGGUAUACAAGGGGCUUGAGCUUGGUUCUACCACAUCAGACAAGCCUUUGGACCCAUGCCCAACACUGUCGCCAUCCCAAGCACACCCCUCUAUCUUUAGGCCUCCCAUAAACAGAAGGGCCAGUGAGCCCAACUUUGGCCUCCUCUACAUCCGACCCUCCAGAGAACAGGGUCCUGUUGCCCUAACAUUACCAGGACACAAGGUGGCCAGAAGUGUCUCCAUGCCUCCCAUUCCUCUACAUUGUCCAGAGAAAAAGACCAGCAGCACUUCCACCUGUGUCCUCCAUUUCGGAGCUGUGGCACUCCCAUGUGUCUGCAACAGCAUAUUGGAGGAUGAAUUGCCUGUGCCACCUGAGCAACACUCUGACAUAAAAACAUCAUCUCCUCCUAAGAAGCCUGGGCGUUUCAAGAGAAUCAGGGUGCGCCUAUCAAGACUCUGUUGCUUCCCCUGUGCUCGAAAGACAAAGACCCGGCAUACAUCCUCCAAGGAAGUGGCUCCCCUGAGAGAGGCAGGAGGCAGAACACAGUAA